CUAUAACAAAAAAAACUCAUUUUUGAGUCUUUUAAUAGAAAAACAAAGAAACAAAUAAAUCCUCCUUUUUGUUAGUUGAAGACACAUACACACACCGUGUACUCUGCCACUCUCCUUUAUCUUUCUAAAGUGCUGAAAUCAGGCGCCAGUUAGCUUGAGAAACAUAGCGUCCGCCGGCGGCGAAAAUAGAGCUAUUCCGACAUGGGUUGUACGGCCUCAAAGUUAGGUAACGAGGACUCAGUCCGCCGUUGCAAGGAACGCCGCCGUCUCAUGAAAGAAGCCGUCUACGCCCGCCACCACCUCGCCGCUGCCCACUUUGACUACUGCCGUUCCCUAAAAAUCACCGGAUCCGCACUCGCUAACUUCGCAGCUGGAGAACCCCUCUCCGUCGCUGAUCAGACACCUGCGGUUCUCCUCCCCACUCGUUCCUCUUCCUCCACAACGACCACCGUCAAACCCCCUUCGUUUCAUUCAUACGAGACACCAACACCGCCGCCGCCGGUUCCCCGAUCUCCCUCUGUUGCAAGCUCCAAGCUCCCACCGAUUCUCUCCGCAGCCCCAAGCCGUACCGCCUCCCUCAACCACCAUCAACGACGGCAUAAACCCUCCGUCAAACUCCCUCACAUUCUCUCUGAAUCAAGCGAAGCGUCUACUUCUCCUCCUCCCAAAUCUUUCAACCAUCCUCCUCGUGAAAACCCCCAAAAUAAUUAUGGUUACAAUCCAGAUAAAUACACGUACAAUGCGCAAGCUAAUUAUGCGUCCACUCCGUCACAAGCUUCCUCCGUCUGGAAUUGGGAAAAUUUCUACCCUCCAUCACCGCCCGAUUCCGAAUACUUCAAUCAACGGCAACCAAAUUUCGACACCGAUGACGACAAAUCCUCAAUCUAUUCGAGUAAGGCGUCAAUCUAUUCGGGUUACAAAGAGCAAGGGCAUCGGGAAAACAAUGAAGACAAGCGUUCAAUUUAUUCGAAUUACUCACAAAAGAAUCAUCAUCAUCCGAAAAUCCAAACUCAUCAACAACAUGAUGACGAUUACCAUCGCCACCAUCUCGAAACGGAAGAUGAUGGUGAGAGAGAGGAGAGAGAAGAGGUGCAAUGUAGCGAAUGGGGAGAUCAUUACAGCACCACCAGCUCCACUUCCGAUGAUGACGAUGAAGAAAUCGAUAGAGAUUCCAGAUCCGAGAUGGAGAGUCGCUCCAAUUUCGGAUCCUCAGUCCAUAACGAGUCGGUGGCUCCACCACCUUCCGCCUUCACCUCCGCCCCCAAAUCGAAGUUCUCAACAAUGAGUAAAUCCGAAAAGUCCGAAGAUGCUGGGUCAUCAUCGGCAAGCUGGAAAACCGGUCACUAUGAUGAUAAUUCCGAUAUGAGAAUGGUGGUUAGGCACCGUGAUUUAGCGGAAAUCGUCGCUUCUAUCAAAGAAUACUUCGAUAAGGCAGCCGACGCCGGUGAACAAGUCUCCGAGAUGCUGGAAACCGGAAGAGCCCAGCUCGACCGGAGUUUUCGGCAAAUGAAAAAAACUGUGUAUCAUUCAAGUGGGGUGUUGAGUAAUUUGAGUUCAAGCUGGACAUCGAAGCCACCAUUGGCAGUUAAGUACCGGUUUGAGCCCGGUUCAAUUGGUGAACCGGGAGGAUCAAAGAGUCUCUGUUCAACUCUGGAUCGGCUCUUGGCUUGGGAGAUGAAACUCUACCAAGAAGUAAAGGCAAGAGAAGGAGUGAAAAUCGAGCAUGACAGGAAGCUUUCUUCACUACAAAGCCAAGAGUACAAAGGAGAAGAUGAAGGCAAAUUGAAUAAAACAAAGGCAUCGAUAACAAAGCUGCAGUCAUUGAUAGUGGUUACCUCUCAGGCUGUUUCCACCACUUCUACUGCUAUUGUGGGCCUACGAGAUGCUGGGCUGGUCCCACAGCUUGUUGAACUUUGUCAUGGGUUUAUGUACAUGUGGCGAUCCAUGAACCAAUGCCAUGAAUACCAAAACCACGUUGUCCAACAAGUGCGUGGACUAGUCAACCGGUCAACGAAAGGCGAGUCAACUUCCGACCUCCACCGCCAGUCAACUCGUGACCUGGAAGCCGCGGUGUCCGCCUGGCACACCAGUUUCUGCCGCCUCAUAAAAUUCCAAAGAGACUUCAUCAAAUCCCUUCACGCGUGGUUCAAACUCACUCUCCUCCCCAUCAACACAGAAGAAUCCAACACCUCACAAUCAUCCGAUGUUUACCUGGUUUUUGAUGAAUGGAAACUAGCCCUUGAUCGAUUACCCGACACAGUUGCGUCUGAAGCCAUUAAGAGCUUCAUAAAUGUCGUCCACUCGAUUUCGAUGAAACAAUCAGAAGAAAUGAAAGUGAAAAAACGAACAGAAUCAGCAUCAAAAGAGCUUGAGAAAAAAGCAUCGUCUUUGAGAAACAUAGAGAAGAAGUACUACCAUUCUUACUCGAUGGUCGGGCUCGGGCUCCCGGGAAGCGGGCAGGACAACGGGCAGGGUUUGGACGCGCGGGACCCGCUUUCCGAGAAAAAGACGGAGCUCGUGGCGUGUCAGAGACGGGUGGAGGACGAAAUGGUCAGACACUCGAAGGCGGUUGAGGUUACAAGAGCUAUGACUUUAAACAACAUUCAAACGGGUUUACCGGGUGUUUUUCAAGCUAUGACAAGCUUUUCUGGGUUGAUAAUGGAGGCGCUUGAGAUUGUUUGCAACAAAUCAUAUGCGAUUAAGUAGAUUAUGAUGGAUAGAUUUAUAUAUGUUUAUGUUGUGAUGUUUUUGGGAAGAGAGGGAGUGGGUAGGGAUUUGAAGUUUUGAUGUCAUAAAGUGUAGAUAUAAAAGAGG